AUGAAAGCUCAAAGUCCAACAUAGAUAAGCAAGCAUUAGACUCACUUGGCUUUAGUGAAAUUUCUCUGUUCUCCGUGCAUUGCAUUUGUGAAAUUUCUCUGUUUCUGAACAUCAACACUCUCAAAAAUGGAUAGAGUUAGAGAUUUGGCGUCAAAGAAGGCUGCGGUGAUCUUCACCAAGAGCUCAUGUUGCAUGUGCCAUAGCAUCGAGGCACUGUUUCGUGAACUUGGUGCAAGCCCGGCAAUCCAUGAGCUUGACCGCGAUGCAAGUGGGCGAGACAUGGAGCGUGCGCUGCAAAGACUAGGUUGCCAACCCUCAGUCCCAGCAAUUUUUAUAGGUGGGCAAUUUGUGGGCUCAUCAAAAGAUAUCAUAUCUCUUCAUGUUGAGGGGUCUCUAAAACAAAAGCUCAUUGAUGCUGGAGCUAUAUGGCUCUAGUACCCUCAAACCAGCCUACGUUAUGUAUUUGUGUUCAUGUUCGUUUUUGUGUCAUGGUCAUACUCACUGAGUCCUGAUACCAUGUUCAAAGUAAGGUGGUAUUAAGGGCUCUUUUCUUUUCUUUUCUUUUUUCUUUUUCUAAGUUCGGUGACUAUGUUUUAUAAGAGCCAGACUGCCACUCUAUAUGUAUGGAAUGGCUAAUCAAGACUUUACAAUUUAUGUGACAGCUUGUUUUUUUUCCUUAUAAA